AUGGCGGACACCACAGAAUAUGACAACAAUGAACAGGCCAGUUGCUUUGAGGAGUUUCCAAAUGUCAGAGUUAUUAUAGACUGCACCGAGCUGUUUGCAGAAACCCCAAGUGCGUUAGGUGCCCACAAACAAUUCCAUUCAAAUUAUAAACAUCAUUCUACAGUGAUGUUCUUAGUGGGGAUGAACUCUGGUGGAGCCAUUACACAUAUCUCAGAUAUGUAUGGAGGAAGAGCACGUGAUAAGUUUAUAACGAAUGAAUCACAUGAUCUCCUAAACAGUCUAAACCCAGGAGAGAAGGUCAUGGAAGACCGCGGUUUUACGAUUGCAGAAGAUCUUCCUGUUGGAGUAAAGCUGAUCAUUCCCUCUUUCAAGCACAAAGACAAUUCCCAGUUUUCGAAAACCGAGCUCAAGAACAAUAAAAAGAUAUCUGAAGCUCGUGUUCAUAUUGAAAGAGCAAUUAGAAGAAUAAAGCAAUUUCAGAUCUUGAAGCAAGAGAUGAAGCUUACUCAAAUAGAUAUUUACUGUAAUAUUGUUAAGGCAUGUGCAUAUCUGGUGAACUUUCAAGACCCCUUCUUAAAAGUCGAAUGA